CCGUCCGUGAUGAUGAUGGAGCUCUGUCUGGUCCGUCAGUGCUCAUAAUGAUGGUAUCUGACAUUGACAUUAUGCACAUUUUGCUCGCUUGACACACGAUGUGACUGCGGAUGCGAAUCAGAUAUGACUCGGAUGCUCGUAGCUAGCUAACGUUAGCUGUUAGCUUAGCCUUCAUCCAUCCUGCUACAGUCGGAGAGCUCCAGCAGCAGCAGGCGGCCAGCAGCUCCAGCUGAUCCGCUGCAGCACCACACAGAGCCCGGUGUUUUGGAUCAUCCGAGGAGGUGAUGAUGAUGAGGCCUUAAAUGUCAGAUCGGCGUCCGUGUGUUCAGUCAUCAAAUACAGACAUGGCGUCGCAGCUCCAGGUGUUCUCCUCUCCCUCCGUAUCCUCCAGUGCCUACUCUCGUUCAAAGAGGCUCAAAGUUGAGAACCCCGCCUGGGAUGCGUCCAACCAGCAGGGGGAUAAUGGUUACUACCAGCAGAGCCCCACCCAGGGUGCUGCACCCUCCACUUCUGGCUCCAACUUCAACCCAGUGUACAACUCCAACCAGGUGCACCCGCCGACAGCCGGCUCCCGGGAGCAGACAGUGGUGCGGGCGGCCGACAGCACAGGUAGCGUUCGCGCACCUCCCUCCUCCUCUUCCUCAUCCUCCUCCACCAGCCGUCGCGUCAAGGAUGCAGAGUCCUCCUCCCAGCCGUGCGACAUCUACCACAAGCAGUACAGCUUGAAGCGGAAGAGUGAGGAGGUGGACAGCAGCGACAGCGUGCAGAUCCUGGAGGAGCUCUCGGCCCCUGUGGUCACAAACCGUACAGGUGGUGGAGGGGGAACCACCACGGUUCAGUCCAUAGCACAUUCCACUUCUACCACGAAGAGCAGCAACUCCCACAGCGAGGGCGACUACCAGCUGGUCCAGCAUGAGAUUCUGUGCUCAAUGUCCAACAGCUACGAGGUGCUGGAGUUCCUGGGACGCGGCACCUUUGGCCAGGUGGCAAAAUGCUGGAAGCGGGGCACAAAUGAGAUAGUGGCGAUUAAGAUUUUGAAGAACCACCCCUCUUAUGCUCGGCAAGGUCAAAUUGAAGUGAGCAUCCUUAGCAGGCUGAGCACAGAGAACGCCGAUGAGUUCAACUUUGUCCGCUCGUACGAGUGUUUCCAGCACAAGAACCACACGUGCCUUGUGUUUGAGAUGCUGGAGCAAAACCUUUACGACUUCCUGAAGCACAGCAAGUUCAGCCCGCUGCUGCUCAAGUGCAUACGGCCGAUUCUGCAGCAGGUCGCCACAGCACUGAUGAAGCUAAAGAGCCUGGGGCUGAUCCACGCUGACCUGAAGCCUGAAAACAUUAUGUUAGUCGACCCUUUGAGGCAGCCGUACAGGGUGAAAGUCAUUGAUUUCGGCUCCGCCAGCCACGUGUCCAAAGCUGUUUGCUCCACCUACCUGCAGUCGCGAUACUACAGAGCUCCGGAGAUCAUUCUGGGCCUUCCUUUCUGUGAAGCGAUUGACAUGUGGUCGUUGGGGUGUGUCAUUGCUGAGCUGUUCUUGGGGUGGCCCCUUUAUCCGGGGGCCUCAGAGUACGAUCAGAUUCGUUACAUUUCCCAGACCCAGGGCCUUCCUGCAGAGUACCUGCUGAGUGCAGGAACCAAGACCAGCCGCUUUUUCAACCGAGGCCCCGACUCGAGUUACCCGCUCUGGAGACUCAAAACAUCCUCGGAGCAUGAGGCAGAGAUGGGCAUCAAGUCAAAGGAGGCAAGGAAAUACAUCUUCAACUGUCUGGAUGAUAUGAUGCAGGUGAACAUGACAAACUUGGAGGGGACGGACAUCUUGGCAGAGAAGGCUGACAGGCGGGAGUUCAUAGACCUGCUGAAGAAGAUGCUGACGCUAGACGCAGACAAACGGAUCACGCCCAUGAAGACUCUGAGCCACCCCUUUGUCACCAUGACACACCUGCUGCACUUCCCGCACAGCUCACAUGUGAAGUCCUGCUUCCAAAAUAUGGAUAUAUGCAAACACAGAUGCAGCGCCUUUGAGAAUGGAAAAAAUAUGUUUGCCAGCAACAAUACCCCAAGUGCAGCCACCAACCUCACUGUCACCUUCAGUAGCCAACUAAACCAGCACAAUCAGAUGGCCUCUACAGGAGGCCAGUCCCUGUCCCUCAGCAGUAACGUCCCGCUGCUGAACUACCAGCCCGGCCUCUACCAGCAGGCCACCAUAAACAUCCCCGGCCUCACCCAGCAGGGCGUACCUCUGCAGCCUCUGCAGACCAGACCUACCCAGCUCUGCGCUCAGACUGAGCCCUUCCAGCAAACACUCAUAGUUUGCCCCCCAACCAUCCAGGGUCUUCAAACAUCCAACAAGCCUUCUGGUUAUCCAGUGAGGAUGGACAACUCUGUCCCCUUAGUUCCUCAGAACCAGUCGUCCCAGUCUCUUCACAUCCAGCCCGGCAUGCUGGCACAGGCCUCCCUCGACCCCCUGCUGGUCGGCAGCCUGUACGCCUCAGUGGCGGGAAUGCCGUCUUUAGGCUCGGUCCGGCUGCCAGUUGGCUGCAGGGGUGCGAGCCUCGGCGGCUUACUGGAUCAGAAUGCCUCCAUGCUGCAGGGCUGGCCAGCAGGCACGCAGCAGAUCCUCAUCCCGUCCACAUGGCAGCAGAUGCCAGGCAUGGCCAUCCACAACCCCGGGCAGGCCGUGGUGCCGGACUCACCCAUGGGAGCCCCGAUAUCCGACAGUCAACAAGCUUCUGGCUGGAGGGGUCGUCAUGGGAGCCAAUACGAUGGCGUCAGCCAGCAGGACUCCGGUGUUGGCCGUCACGCCGCCGCCCAAAGCCACAACUCAGGGGCCGCUCACUCAAGAUCCCAGGGCAAGAGGUCAAAGGCUCGACAAGCAGAGAGCAGAGCCAGGCCUGUGUCUUCAGCCACCACUGUGGUCCACAACACCUCUGCUUUGGCUGGUGACCAGUCUCAGCCCAUCGUCAUCUCGGACACACCUAGCCCUGCCGUCAGCAUCAUCACCAUCCACAGCGACUCGGAAGAUGACGAUGACAGGAAGUUCCCCGCUGCGUGCUCUGGAACAAGCCAGAGGACAAACGUGAUCAGUUGCGUGACGGUGCACGACUCCCAUGACUCCGACUCGUCCACCAGCAGCCCCCUGAGCCCAAAGACCACCUCACAGCCCACCAAGUCUCUGGCCAUCAUCACGCCGUCUGUGAAGAGCCAGCCGGGGGAGAGCACAACCCACAAAGCUCCAGCAGCUCCCGCAGCUCCAGAUCAAGCUACAAGCGGCUCUGGAAAAUCCAAGAAAGGGUCGACUCAGCAGUCCAGUCGUGCAGGAGAUUCCAGCACUGAUCGCCAUCAACGGGCCGCUUCCAGCAGAUCUCAGCCUCUGAACCUGAGUCAGGUACAGCAGUCUGUGAUGUCAUCAUCCAACGACCAAACAGGAAGCAGCAGUUCCCUGAGGCGGCAGCCCACAUACCCCCCUCCCGUCUCGUCCCACUCAUCCUACCGGCUUCACGAGAACACCCUCUUCAGCUCGACCCCAAACCUGUACGCCUACCCGGCCUCCGCCGCCUUGGCCUCCGUGUCCCAAGCUGUGGACCAGAUGCAAUGCGGCUCGUCCCGCCACGCCAGGGCGGGCGGAGCAUACUCUUCCCUGGCGCUGCUCCAGAAGAACGGCAGCCUCACCCUGGGAGGGUCUGCUCCGGGACAGUAUGGCAGCCACCACAACCAACUGCAGCAGCAGCAGCUCCCACAGCUGCUGCAGCAGCCGCUGGGGGUGCAGCCUUUUCACCACGCCAGUGCUACUUACCAGCGGAAACUCAACCCGUAUCCCUACCUGUAAAGACUGGAGCGCCGGGUGAAGACCAAAUGGAGACCGAGACUAGAGACGAGCACAAGCUCAUCACGUGAUUACACUUUUUACUUUCCUUUACUGUCCAGUCCUUGUGUUUUGUUUUUUUUACAUAUUACGUUGGAUAAAAUAAUCACAGAAUGUAUUUAUAUUUUAAUCGUGUUUUUAAUCCGUUUUCCUUUUUUAAAUAUUCCAAUUUUGGAUUUUCUUUGUGCGUGGGCUGCAAGUAUCUAAACAGUGACACGUUCAUUGUUGCGUUGGCUCUGCACGCCAGUACAUUAGAUUUAGAAAAUGACAACAAGUAUGAGGUUAAAGUGCUGACUCAGCUUUAAUUACACCCACAGAAGAUGAAAGAAGUAGGAAUUGUUGCCCUUUUUAUACAAAGUCCCUUCAUUUUAAGAGACUAAACAUAAAGCUGCAAGUUCUACUAUGAUUUUUAACAUGUUAAGCCCCCCCCCCCCCCCCCCAAUUUUAUUUAAUAUUUUUUAGAAAUGAGUGUUGAGGAGAGACUGGAACUUGGCUAACUGUUGUGCUGCUCUUUAUUACUAUAAUUAUUGUUAUUAUCAUCAUUAUCGUCAGAACAAUUGUUUAAAAGAAGCAUUUACACUCAUUUACUCAUUUACUCAUUUACUCAUUCACUCAUUCACUCAUUCACUCAUUACUCAUUUACUCAUUUACUCAUUCACUCAUUCACUCAUUUACUCAUUUACUCAUUUACUCAUUUACGUCAAUAUCUUGAUAUAUUUGUUUCUUUAGUAUGUCGGCACAUUGUGACAAGUUAGAUGUUGUAUGUUUCAUUUAUGAAUGUGUGUGUGUGUGUGUGUGUGUGUGUGUGUGUGUGUGUGUGUGUGUGUGUGUGUGUGUGUGUUUUAUCUGUUUUCUUGAGAAAAAAAGGAGAAAGUAAUCUAUGUACUGUCUAAUAAUGUUUUCCAUGUUAAUUAUGUUUUAGUGCUGGCCGUUGACUUGAUUAUAUUUCUGUGUUUAGUACGUUGAAUACUGCAGUACAUGCCAGUGUACAGUAGGGUGCGGUAUUUAGAGGGGAUUGUCUUGAUUUCUUUACAGUUUUAAAGUUAUUCAUAAGGUUGCAUGUGUCUGACAUGGAGUAGCAUUCAGGAGCGGCUCGUAAAAAGCGUCGCUCGGAGACGGAUUAUUAAUGUUAUGUUUAAUUUGUACGACAAACACAUGAAGGAUAUUGGGAAUAUGUAAAAGCUCUUGUCUUGUGAUGUCUGUGAAGUAAAAGUGUGCACAUACAAAUCUGAUUGGGUAUCACACUAUCAUGUCAAAGCCAUUUAGAUUACAAGUGUAAAAUUCACAGUCAUGCGUUUGGAUUGUGAAUAAUCAAAUCUGAUUAAAAAAAAAAAGAAAUAUAUAUAUAUAUAUAUAUAUAUAUAUAUAUAU